GCCGCUCCUUCGUCCGCCCGAGCUCCCAGUCCCACAUCCGAUUCGGGGAAAAUAUCAACUACCAUCACUCGCCCGCUAAACCAUUAGAAUCCACACUUGUUUUCACAAACCCUAGGAAAUGUCAGGAGGGUUUUUCCGGGGCACGUCCGCCGAUCAGGAUACUCGGUUCUCCAACAAGCAAGCUAAGCUAUUGAAAUCGCAGAAGUUCGCUCCCGAAUUGGAGCAUCUGGUGGAUAUGAGGAAAGUAAAGAUGGAUGUGAUGAGACCUUGGAUAGCCAAGCGAGUUACUGAGCUGGUAGGGAUUGAAGAUGAAGUGCUUAUCAACUUCAUUUAUAGUCUUCUAGAAGGAAAGGAUGUUAAUGGGAAAGAGGUUCAAAUUCAACUGACUGGAUUCAUGGAAAGGAAUACUGGAAAGUUCAUGAAAGAGCUGUGGUCACUACUCCUUAGUGCACAGAACAAUGCAAGUGGUGUUCCUCAGCAGUUCCUGGAUGCCAAGGAAGAGGAAACAAAGAAGAAAAAGGCUGAGACUGAUCGAAUAACAAAUGAAAUACAGAGGAGAAAAGAGAGAGAAUAUCAAGAACUUGAGCAAGAAAAAAAGAAGGCGGACGGCGAUGUUGACAUUUCAAGAGAUACGCAUGCUGCUUUGGAACCAUCUACAAAGCAUCACGCUAGGGGUUCCCCGCCUUCAGCUGAAAAGGUGUAUGCUGACAAAAAUGGUUCAAGAGGAAGAAACAGGUCCUCAAGGUCUCCAAACUCAGCUGAUCAUUCACCACUACCAAGGGAUAGACGUUCAAGGUCAAUUAGCAGGUCAUUUUCCAACUCUAGAAGUUACUCAGGGGAAAGGCGUAGGUCAAGGAGUAGAUCUAGUCCUGAACAAAGAGGGCGCUCCAUAUCUUCUGAAAGGGCACGCCCCUCUCCGGUGAAGCGGUCAAUUACACCUCGCCAUAAAUAUUCACCUCGACGAUCUGUGUCUGUGUCUCCACCAAGGCGAAGACGUAGAUCGGUGUCUCGUUCACGUCGUAGGUCACCUUCCCCUACGCGAUACCGCAGGCAUUCUCCGUUGCGACGUAGGUCGAGGUCUCCAAAACGACGAAGAUCACGAUCACCAAUCUGGCGUAGGUCAAGGUCACCAAUUCGACGUUCACCAAUGAGACAUCGACUCCGAUCACCUUUAAGGCCUCGGUCACCUUUAAGGCGCCGAUCUCCAUCUCCUGUUCGUCGAAGAACACCAUCCCAUAUACGUCAUAGAUCACCAUCCCCCUUCAUGCGACGGUCUCGACAUUCUCCUUUGAGUCCACGGCGUGGCUCUCCAACUACUGUUCGGCGCCCCAUUUCUGGCCGCAGGGUAUCCAGGUCCCCAGUCAGGAGAAGAUCUAGGUCACCUAUUCAAAGGAGGUCUGCUUCACCUGAAUACUCGAAUUCUGCAUCACCAGUUCAUCAUAGGGCCCUUUCACCAAUUAAGAAGAGAACACCAAAGCGUGAGAGGAUGUCACCUGUUCAUUCUCCUCCAGAAAGGAUGAGAAGCCAUGGGAAAUACUCUCCCAGCCGUUCAUCUUCAGAGGAUGGUUCACAACCUACAGUGGUUCGUAAGGAAUCCAAUAUUGUGGGACGCAGGCAACCUAUUUCUUCUAGGUCACCAAGGAGCGAUUUAUAUGAUAGAAAGCCUUCACAUCAUAAAAGGUCACCUUCACCUCGCCAGUCCCCAUCUUUUUCAGAAUCUCCACCCCGUAGGUCUCCUCCAUCUAUUUCAGAAUCUCUGGCUCGUCGGUCUCCAUCUGUUUCAGACUCUCGACAGCGUAAACCCCCAUCCAUUUCAGAAUCUCCACCAGCUGCCAGGGAAAGAAGUCCCAGUGAAGAGAGGUCAAGGAGUCCCAAUAAGAGAACUUUGAAUGAAAGGAGGGGAAAGAUAAUUCGAACUGGAAGUCCAAGUCCUUUGAGAAAACAAAGAGAUCAUAAAUUGCAUCAUGAUGCAUAUGAGAGAACCCCAGAUGAGAGGGAUGUGAAUUCUUUAAGGGGACCUGUUGAGACUAGGAGCCACUCUAAUGGGUCUGGGUCAAGGAAGCCAAAAGAAGCCAUGAGAGGUGAAAAAACAUCUGGAAGAAUGGAUCACAUCAAAGAUUUUGAUGAUCGACAGAGGUCACCUGUGACUCAUAGAGGCUCACAUGUAGCUAAGAAGGAUAGGGAAUCAUUGGAUCUGGAGAGCCCCAAAGCUGAUGAGAGGAACCUCAGUCGUUUAAAUGCCAUCCAGGGAGAGGAUCAGCCUGUUGAUGCAAAACAUUUACAUGAGACAUCUAGGAAAGUGGAGGAUGUUGAACAAAUCAUUUAUAAGAAUUCAGGUUCUGAGGAAUGUGAUAAGCGAAGAUCUAGAGUUAAGGAAAAGAGGAAGCACAAGAGAUCUGUCAGACACGAGUCAACUUCUGACGAUGAUUCUAGUUAUGAUUCAGGUGUGGAUGAGAGGAAGGAGGCUAAGAGGAGGAAGAAAGAAGAGAAGAAAUUGAGGAAGGAGGAGAAGCGUCGACGUCGGGAUGAGAGACGUCGUAAGAAGGAAGAGAGGCGUGCUGGGAAACAAAAAUUGAAGUCAGAUAAUGCUAUAUCUUCGCCUUCUGAUGCUGAGAAGACUAAUGAUGGUAAUGUUUCGGAUGAGGAGCUUGCCAGAAAAGAGUUUCAUGGACGUGAGAUUGAAGGGACGGAUUCAGCGAAGAAGCUUGAAAUUGAGUUGCGAGAGAAGGCUCUUGAGUCUCUUAGAGCAAAAAAGGGCAUUGGCCACUAAUUUGCAUGCUGCUCUUGGACAAUGGGCUGUUAUUGAAUCAUUAUAAUCAUUUCACUGUUUGUUUUAUUUACCAAGACUUUUGCAUGGGUGUAUUCUGUAUGGAUGCUUAAUCCAGUCUAUCUUUACUUCUGACAGCUAAAAUGCCUAAAUGAAGAUUUCCUGAGCUACUGUCUUGAGUGCAACUUUUUGCUGACCUACCUUCUAAAUUUGCUGGUAAUGAUAGUCUCUGCUUUGUUGGGAAUGUGCUUGUGGUUGGUGUUCGAACAAUGAUGUAAAUAUUUGGCAUAUUACCUUGAUAUGGGUUGACUUUGUGGUUUA